AUGCAAAAGGUGCACUCAGCCUUUGCACUGCAGCGGCAUGUGGAACGUGCCAUCCGCCUUAUCGCUUCCGAGACGCUUGUCAGCAAAUUGGAGGUGAACAGUAAAGGCAAGGCCGUCAAGGUCCCUCACUCUCUCAACAAGUCCUCGGGCAAGAUCAGCGGCUCUCGAAAGGCGUUCUCGGACACUAAUUUCGGUGUAAUGACCAGGUGCUACAUGACAUCCAUCAACCGCCUGCAAGACUCGGUCAUCCAGGAUAUCUGGGAACGGGCGAAGGAGAUUGCCUUUAAGAGGCGUGGUGCACCCUCCGCUCCAGACGAAGACUCGGAGGAUGAGCGCGCACUCAUAGGGUUCUAG